AGAGUUGUUCAGACUUGAGGGAGGAAUGGCGGCCCCUCGGAGUUUCUUCAUCUCUCUCUCCGGUUUAUUUCUGCUUUUAUAUUUUUCUUGUGGAUCUACGAGCUCAGGAAAUAGGAGAGCUAACCAGGAACGAUGCGGCUACAAGGUAAAACACAUAAACACACUUAAUUAUUGCGAACAUUUACGGACACUUGAUCUGGUUUGAGCUGCUGCUGCGUCUUUUCAAGUCUCCAAAAGUUCAUUUUCGGAUAUGUUUCACUUAUCUUUGACGUUCUGCAAGCUUGUCAGACAAAGUAUACAUUACCAGGUACAAUAAGCAAAGUUUGAAGUUACAGCUUAGUUCAGUCGCCUUGUUUUUGACGCCAGGUUGCGUCGCUCACGACACCUUUCUUACCUGUCCGUCAGAGAUUGAGCUCCCCUGGUUCGCCUCGUUUGUGCCUAACGUGACAGACCAAACUCUCUUUUUAAAAAGUGCGUACUGAAAGAAAAGCGGCUAAUUUGUUAACCAACAGAGCUUAUAUGAGGACAUUUACAUCGUUAAUAACAGAUUUAGGUUGUAUUUUAAAUUCGGCGGUUGUGUUAUCAACUAUUGACGACUGAAACAUACCAAAAAGUCAUAUUUUAAAAGUUUGACUGUCUCUCCGUAACGAAAAUUUAGCUUAAACUUUGAUCAACUUCACUAAAGUAUGUUUAAUUUUGGCUAUAAUGUAACACUUUCAGUACUGAGUGGUCGUAGGAGCCACAAACUGCUCCUAAGGUUUUUUCUUACGUAAAUAAUUGGUUUAAAAUAGUGUAUUUUAUGGUAUAACCAGCUUAAAACGUUAUAGGAUUGUACAAAAACUUAUAAUUAUCCAGCUGAGAAAGUUGCAAAUCUAUGUCCUUAAAACUAAGCUACUGUCUCACUUGUACUGCCGGAGUGGAGCUUUAAAGUUCUCUCAAAGAAAACGGAGAUUAGGAUCUCUUGGUUACCUUUAAAGACAUUUGUAACUUUUUAUAUCUUGCAAAUAAAUGAUCUUUAAAUAUGAUGGAGGAUCAAACCAAACUCCAACUCCCAAAGUCAGAGCUGUAACAGAAACAGGGAAUCAAAUCUUUUCAGCUGAAAUGAAAUGAUAGUGUUUCUACUUUGUGAUGAAUGUCUCGAUUUGAUGAAACCCUUCCAGAUCUUUCCAUCUGAGAUUUGUGGUUUUGGGGGAAUUACAGGUAGUAAAAGCUGAUUUCCUGCCUUUUGUGUUGUCUGUUAAAAACAUUUGAUGUGGAAAGAAGAAAUACCCCUCCACCUCCUCUGCUUUUGCACUUCACAGCUGCUUUGUUUGUAGACAUAAAACCACUUCAAUGUCUGAAUAUUCAUUUCACUUCAAAAUAUGUGCACGUUUAUGAUGUUUGGCCAAGGAAAGAGCAACUAAUUUUGGUUCUUAUCAGGUUUCCUAACUUCAUCAGUAACCUCAAAACUUUUACUCAGUUGAAAGCUUUUAUCCUUUUUACCUGAUGCAUCUUGCUUUCCCACUUUGAAAUGAUAUUUAUCUGCUUCAUGGAUUCUGAAUGUCCAUGAAAACUUGGAAAAACUUUGAGUUUUCGAUUUGAAAGUUCACACCGAGUCAUUGAUGGAGCGUAGCUGACAGUUGUCACAGUUUAAUCCUCUUUAAUCCCAUUCUCCCACAGAUCUGGAUCCACAUCACUUAAAACCACAAUCUUAAAAGCUCCACUGGGGAAUCUUUAUCUAAUUGUUAACAGGUAUUAAUACUAAUGCGUUUUUAUGGGCUAUAUAAAGGCAUACAAAACCAUAAACAUUGAGGUAAAUCAAGCUUUUAUUAGCAGUUAUUUUUGGCACUAUAAGACUGCCGCUGGGGGUAAGGUGUAUGCAAAAAGGGACUUAAACGCUGUUUAAAAAAAGCAAGAUGAGAUUUUUGUUGAAGAAUACGACGGUUUUUGGUUUCUUAGGGGGGCGAUCAGAGGGAGACGUUGACUCCAACUAACUUUUGUCUGAUCUACAAACCAGCUCAGAGGUGGAGUUUGGACUGAAGCCUCUCCAUCUUCAUGCCAAACAGAUUUAAACUGUUCACCUGUCAGUCAAAUCAACUAUGCUAUUAAUGACGUAAGUCUGUGCAUAACUUUGAGUCUUAAAGGAACAGUAUGUAGUUUUUAUCAAAACAGACUCAGGAGAAAUGCAUUACAUUUAUUUAAGGCUCCUGUGAGGACUUUUUCAUGAGUUAUUUAACAGAUUAAAUGUCCUAAACAAAAAGACAUGAGCUAUAGCAAUACUGUUUAAUGUACCAGGCUGUGUAAUGACCUCCUCCUGUGCCUCUGCAGCCAGUCACUGGUGUCACUGGACUCUGGUGGAACUGUAGUUUUUGUAAUUUUUAAUUUAUUUUUUUGCUUUGCUGCAUUAUUGUCAGUUUUUAGCACUGGAAGUUGCUGUGUGAUGAUAAAACAAAUUAGUUAAGUGGACAAAAGACAAAACAGGCAAUAAAAAAUCAACAAAAAUUAAAAGUAACAGGAAGGUGAUGAGUAUAAAGUUUGAAAAUGUAAUUAUUGAUUAAAAAAAGAACAACAAAACUAGCUGCUGCUUCAUAUUUUUCCACCAUUGAGUCGAUUCAAACCUUCAGCUAGUUAGUCCAGAAACAUAAAUAAAAGUUGUGAUUAUUUUUGUGAGGAUUUUGGUUUCAAAAAGUGAGAAAUUGGAGUUUCUGUGUUUGUUCGGCAGUGAAGAUGAAUUAUCUCGUCGUCUGUAGGUGUACUCUAGUGUCUGUGCACACGCUCUACAGGUUUUAAUUUUCCUGUGCUGAUAGAUGAGUCCUGCCCACCUUUGAUGCUCUGCCUGUCUGCCUGUCUGUGUGUGAGUCAGUGUGUGUUUGUGUGUGAGUGUGUGUUUGUGUGUUUGUGUGUAUUAUCCUGGUUUCCUCUUUCUAGCUUUGAAGUGUUUUCUACAGGAAGCUUCACACUGUUUACUCCGCUGAAACAUUCCUUCCUGCAGCCCCCUCUACACCCCACACACACACACACACACACACACACACACACACACACACACACACACCUCCCCCUGCCUCCCCCUUUCUUUUCAGACACACACUUCAAAGGCUGCAGGAUGGGGGUUUGAGGACCUGCUAUUCUACAGGUGUGAGGUUAUUACAGCCCUUUGUGUGUGUGUGUGUGUGUGUGUGUGUGUGUGUGUGUGUGUGUGUGUGUGUGUGUGUGUGUGUGUGUGUGUUUGGGACCCUUUAAAUCUCUGCUAGUUUUACAUGUCAACACUGUGUGUAAAAAAAAAAGUCCCUCAGACCGGUUGGUUGAGAGUUUGCAACAGUUUGGCAGAAUGUCCUGGAGGUUUGACUCAGUGUGAUUUCAUUUGGACUGAUGCAUUUACAUGUAUUUUAAAAAUCCUGUUUCAGUCUGACUGAUGCAAUUAAUCUAUUUUUUGACCAACACGCUGGUGUACUGGUUUAAAAAAUGUACCAUCAAACUCCUGCCGCGUGCUUUCCUUAUGUGGACCACAUGUUUGUGGAAUAAAACCACGUCCUCUCCAGCUCUUCAGACAUCUUUUCAUGUGUACAGGUUCACAGGUGAGGGAGGGCAACUUCAGCAUAACACCUGUGACUUGUCAGCACAAACCAUCCACUGAUAGUUUCAAGGCUGUUUAAGGGUACGUAUGGGCCACUUAUCUGCAUGGUUGCAUUGGCAGCAGCUUUCCACCGUGUCCUCAUCUUGUCAGACCCGAUCCAACAAAAACAGUCAAGUUAUGUUGUCUGCAUUUGAGAAGGUGUUGUGCAUCUCCUAGUUAGACACAUGUCUCCCAGCCUCAUGCGAGGUCCAUUUGAGCUGCAGUUCCAGCUCAGUGAGGGACUCUUACCGUACUGGACUGCUGUCCUGUCUCAGUCUACGAGCUCCAGGCUCGAAUUGAUUUGAGAAUAGACGUCUUUUGCCUCCACCAGAAUACAACAUGUUUGUUUGUUUCUGCUGAGUGGUCUCCCUUUGCUGUCAUGUAUUUUAAAGUCCAGUAGCUAACACUCUGACGUGGUAAACUGAUUUAUUAAGUAACAUACAUACUCACCCUUCUGCUGCAUGCAUGUAUUGAAGAUGUCAUUCUGAAGUUAUUUCUCUCUUCAUUUUGCACUCUUCAAAGACACAAAGUGUCUGAUUUCUCCCUCCUUUUAUCUUCCUUUCAUUAAAUUCAAUCUCUUAAGGAUCAGCUUCAUGUUAUACCUUGAUUUUUUUUCCUCGGUACAUCCAGUAAACGUUUUUCCAGACAUCCUUUACUGCUUGUAUUUCUUCAUUGUUCCCUCUCGGCUCCACAGAGCAGCUCUUUAGAACAGAAUACCCAACAGUGUCUUUUGGAUUUAAUUUUUCCCAGAAAGGUUUUUGGUUUUUUAGUUUUACUGCAGAAAAUAUGAGUGUAGUUUGCCUGCAGGUCUCCACAGAGCUUCAAACACAGUUUGUGGAAAACCAACACUCUGCUUUUGAUUCAGAGUCUGAGAAUAACCCAGUGUGAUCCUCCUGCAGGACUCUUUAAGUGCUUUUGUUAAAACAUUUUGUCACACAUUUCCAUCCACCUAUCCAUCAUCUCUACCUCUAUUCCAGCUGUCAUUGUGCACGAGGAUGACAAAAAAAAAGCUUGCCAGGGGUGAAGUUAAAUCACUAAGAGCUCCCCCUGCUGGAUGGGUGCAGCGUAGGUCUUUACAGUGAGCCUUCAGUUGGGAUGUCUGUCGUUACGCUGAUUUAUACUCAGGAGAUUUUUUUUUCCUUAGAAGUCGAGUUUAAAUGAGUUCUUUGAUAAUUAAACAAAGUAUAAGGCUGUGACUGACAACAGAUAACAACAGAUGGUGCAGCUAACAUGUUCAUUAGAAAGACAUCCAGCAGUUUAUAGCUUUGCGGGUAAACUGUACAUAACUAUGAAACUUGUGUCACACCUGUCAUGAGUCAACGCUGCAACAAAAUGGCCAAGAAGCGUCCCCUCUUCAUUCAGUUUAUCAGUGGUAUGAGGACAGAUUUAAGUCUCAUUUGGAUGAAAAUGAUCUUAAAAAAUAUCUUUGUAUUCAUACAUCAUGAGGUAAAUGAUCCUUGUGCACCCAGACCUGACUGAAAUGCAGGAGUAUGCAUGACAGGCUGGUAGUUUGUGGUUUAACUUUGAGAAGAAUGAGAAGAAUUACAGAAGCCAUUUUUAUGAAAACAGCUUCUCCAACACCUUCAGGAUGAGAGUGCACAGUGCAGCUCUGUACACGAAACUUUGGAGGUGCUGACAGCUCAGUCCCACUAUUGGAUGCAAAACAAGAGUAAACUGCAUGGAGCUGCAGACCUAUGUGGGUAAUUUUGAGCUUAUUAGUUCAGAAGUCUUUGAAAAGGACCUUAAGAUGGUUCACAUUAAGGGGGGAAAAGGACUCAUGGUUUUGGGCAUGACUCUUGGAGAAUUUCCCUCUUUGUGUCUCUUUCUCAUAGCCCAACAUGUCUGUUGACAGUUUGGUGAAGAAUUGUAGAUUAGGGCUGUAAUCAACCAAAGAAAUUUUCAACCAGAAAUCUAUUAAUCGGAGGGCAACCCUUCUGCGGCGGGGGACAACGCAGCGCGGUGGGGUGAAAAUAUACUGAUAUCAGCACAAGAAGGCAAUUCAACACAAAAGGCAAUUCAGGUAAAAUCCUGCCACACUGCAAGUGUCUUUGACACGGAUGGUAGAGGAGAGCUCACAUGAAAGUUGAAACGCUUAAAAUAAAAAUAAAUAUUCAGCAAACCACCGGACGUGGAUUAACGCAGACGCCGGUCUCCAGUGCGUUUGGCGAAUCCAAUAUGGUGAAAACAAGGGGGGUGUUCUGAGACAGACUGUUACCUGUGAAAUGGGGGUGCUCUGAAAACAACCCCAUUAGCACUUGGUAUGUUCCUCCUGAUGAAAUUAACCAAAGACUGUAAAGUUGACCAGUCGACUAGGUCUUUACAGUCCUAAUGUAGAUGUGCUCUACAUCUAUAUUGUGGAAACCAUUGUAUCCUCAAAUACAGAUAAGCAGGUCUGGGAAAAUCACUUCAUCCGACUCUACGCCCCCAGAUUUUUUCCGUGUCCAACCUGCAGUCUUCAGGACAGACGGAUGGACGCCAUCUAAAGUCACUUGAUUGCUUUAUCAGACUUUGUAGCUCCCUCAGGAGACACAAAAGUCUUCAUAGGAUUUUCUCAGACAUGAAAACCAACUUUGAUGGACAAAUAAUCAGGUGUCUCACUUUCAGGACUCACUUUCCCUCAAAAUCCUGAUGAAGGAAGCAGCCUCUCUGUUCCUGGAUGUUUUAAAAAUCAUGUUCCUGUAGACAGUCUGAACGAGGGAUGAUUUAGCUCCGUGUAAACCCUCUCUGGUUGAACACAUCUGCUGAAGCCAUCACAUCUGUCUCAGAGGAAGAAGACACACCAGGAAAUCAUCCAGCUUCCUCUUUUCUUUGUCCCACUCUGGGUUCUUCAUCCUUCUUUCUUUCUUUUUUCUCUGUACCCUUUCCAUCAUCAUAAAAAAAGGCAGGUUUCCAUUCCUCACGUAUCCCAUCAUCCUCCUCCGCAGCUUCGGUGUGUUUUUGGCAUCAGAGGGCCUCAGAGGGCGUCAUGGCUGGGUGGGAGUCGAUGUGAAACACGUGUGUUUUCUGGUUUCCUGGCGAAUGAGUCAGGCGGAAGGUGAAGAGUCGACGCUGGGAUUUCACCUCUUACAUAAAACAUGUCAAAGAAAUAUUUAUUCAUCAGCUUGAGCAGGAGAGCAUCCUAAAACCAGCCCGAACAUGGUUUUGAAGCUCAGAAAAAGUCUUGAAUUCUGUUUUUAUCUGCCUUUGCCAAAGUUAGGAGACAGAUUUCUGACUGUUCUGUGACUGGGAGUGAGCUGUGGCAGUUUUUAGAUUAUUUUGGUGAUCAAAAGUACACUAAUGUUCGCUCUUAAGCAAAAAGAGUAAACAAAAAUAGACUUGAUUUUAACAGCUGGUUUGCAGGUCAAGGUUCUUUUUUUUUCCCCCAGAAUUUCUAGAGCAGCAAUGCAGAGCUACAAGGUUCUUGCUAGGCUAGUAUACAAACAAACGUGUUCAUAACAAAUGAGUAUUAAACAGGACUUGAAAGUUGAGAUUGAGACUAAAGCUGUAUGUGUGUGUGUGUGUGUGUGUGUGUGUGUGUGUGUGUGUGUGUGUGUGUGUGUGUGUGUGUGUGUGUGUGUGUGUGUGUGUGUGUGUGUGUGUGUGUGUGUGUGUGUGUGUGUGUGUGUGUGUGUUUAGAUGAGGGUCUUGUUUAUGCUUAUGCCCUAGGCUACCAAACCCCGUCUUGUUCCUCUUAAUGUCUUCCUGUCGUAUACCCACACACACACACACACACCCACACACACACACACACAAACGUUCCCAUAUGUGGCGACAUGGCUGCACUGGAUUAUCUGUGGGGUCAGAGGGGGGAUUAACCAGCCGAUAGAAAUCAACCGCAUGAGGUCCAAUUGUUUGGUUCUGAAUAAAACCUCUGGUUGAGGUUGAAUGCAGUCCCCUCUGGUCCAGCCAGGUUUUACUGUGUAGCUGCAGGUCCCAAGUGCAACAUUCAUUCAAAAACAACAUAUUAAAGAUUUAUGGUUUUAUAAAGAAAUUGAUACACACUGUAGAUUUGAGGCCAGCAACAUGUUCCAGAAAGUUUGGUCUGGAUUUUCUUGCUCUUAUACAGCACCGCAUCAAAAAUAGACAUGACUCUGGAGUGGAAAUCACAUUCAAAGUCGUUGCUGUUGGACACAUUUUGUCACUGCAUCCACAAAUUCAGGUUCAAACUGCGCAAAUUUUGGACAGACUGAAGUGACGCGAAAACCUCUCCUGUUGCCUGAUGAAGUAAAAUUCGACAUACAGGGAUUAUGGGAAUCAUCAGAGUCCAUGACAUGGGUAUCAAUACCUCCAGGAUUAGGAGCAUCAGGACUCUGUAGCUGGAGUCACCGCAUGAGCUUAAUAUCACUUGUCCGAUGAACUGUUGUGAGGUCUGAUGAAUCCAAAUCUAACACUCUUUCAACAAAGAACUGGAAAUCAUAGAUGCUGCAUCCUCAGUUUUAAACAGUAUCUCCAGGUUUAGACCAACAUCUGCUGCCUUCCAGAAAAAGACUUUUUCAGGGAAGACCUUCAUGUGAUCCUAAACCACAUUCUGACAACAGGGAUUACAGCAGCACGGCUCUGUAGGAGAAGAGUCCUGCUGACAAACUGGACUGAUGCAGUCCUGACUUGACUUCUUUUUUUUAAAUGUGUUGCUGACAUCAGUUUUGGGAAGAGCAGAUAUGCAGGCAAAACCCUGGUGAUCGCAAAUGACCGAGUUAAAACCCAAAAUUUCCCCAGACUUUUUCUGACCAGCUCCAGGUAAAGUCCCUGCAAGAAGUCCAAGUCUACGCCAUCAGUGAGAUAACUCUGUAUGUAAUGCUUUGAAUUUGUUUCUGCUCGCUGGUAUUUUUUUUUACUAUGAAAUGAAAAUGUCUGAGUAACACUGUUUUUAAGGUGUUGGUCAUGACUCUGCUGUGCCUGAUAUUUCUAGGAAACACAGGACAAUGACCAAUACAGCAUCGUGCUAACGUAAUGUGUUGCCACCAGGGACACCCCUCUGCCGUCCGAUAGUGAAAACUUCCUGUCUAGAGGGAAAAAAGUUGUAACGUGCAACUUUUAAAAAUUUCAGAAGCAGUCCUGAAAUUUAACAAAAAUCUUCAUGAAAAGCCAAAAGUGUUGUUUUCUCUUCCUCUCUGUGCGUCUCUAAAACACCUCGGGUGAGCAGAUUGAGUUUAUCUUUUCAUAUUUGAUGCCCUUCAAAAAUCAAAUCUAAAUCAAAUCUUCCUCCAGCUCUGAAGCUCCAAAGGUUUGAAAAGUCCAGAAAAGGAAAUAGCUGGAAACAAAAGUGAGGUGCAACAAUACAAACUCAAAGAAAAACUCAGCGAGUGUGUGUGUGUUCGGGAGCAGCCAACCAGAGAUUUCCCACCGCAGGAACAAAACCUGCAGCUUCCUCCUCCUGCAUGACUGCUCCUCAAUGACCCCCCACCCCUCUUCUUCAUCACAGCUCCUCCUCAGCCAGGAGGAGCAGCUCCUCUCCUGCUGUGACAGUUUGUCCUUUAAAAGACUUUUUCUUGUUUCAGAGAGAGGACGGGGACAAACCCAGACGCUCUUUAAAGGGAUACAAACCAACAUAGGUCACCACCAGCAGCUCACACGUGCAUGGAAGUCCAUGUUUGAGGGUCCUAAACAAAAAAAAGGAGCAUGGGGUCAUGUGACCCGGGCCUGCAGUCACCAGCUGAGCCAUUGAUAAUGAUAAUAGACCAAUAUCUGCAGGGAGCUGCAAACACUAACCGGUUGGAUAGAAACCUUUUUAGAUGAUGUACUCUGUAGAUUUAGUUAAAUUAAAAAACAGAAUAACUAAGGGUGAACUGAGCGGAUAUUUCUGAGCAGAUACUCUUUAGAUUUCUGACAUUUUUCUCAUUUUUGUUUCUUAAAAACUGAGUUUAAAAUAAAGUGAAUCCCACCUGACCAUCGUCAGUAUAUUGUGGCAGUAAUAGGCGAACAGUUUAGUAAUAAAAUGACUUAAAUGCUCCUUUUAAGCUUCUUAAAUUCAAUGAAGGGUUUUGAGUUUUGUCAGGUUCCUGAGCAUCACAACAAUCUCUGAUGUGCUGAUGAAUCUUGACGGAUUAAAUUUCGGUCUUAACCACCAAAACCUCAAUACCAGCUCUGAACCCGGCCCCAAAACUUGUCGCUGCUUUCCCUUCGGCUCAUGAUCAGUGCGUUGAUUAGAGGUCAGCUGAGAGCCCAGUGUUCCCCAUCAGUCCCACAUCUGGAUCUGCUCGGCUCUGCUCGCCCCCCCAAACAUCAGGAGGAUGAGGAGAAGUCUGCUACGUGAACCCUGAAAGACGUAAUUGAAGCAGUUCCUGUUUAAUCAGAUCGCUCCUUCUCCUCUUCCUCACUUCCUUCCCUUUCUGCAGGCUCGGUGAUUACUCCUCCACUCUCCCCCCUCUGUCCAAAUCCGAAUCUGAGUCUGAGUCUGACCAGCCUCCUUCUAUUUCACCUUGUAUCCUUCCCUGCCUCCCUCUUUCCUCGCCUGCAGCACUGUGAUGAAUUGCUGUUGAUGUUCUGCAAACCGAGGCUGCAAUUAGCCGUCUGUAACCACACCAACUCAUUCAGUGUGUGUGUGUGUGCGUGUGUUUCGGGGAUUCCCAAAGAAAGCCAGCUCUCUUUCUGGUUUGUGUUGUUGUUUGUACAUUUCUUUCUCUGUCAUCCCAGACUUGAACCUGAGACUUUCCUCCAACAUACAGAGUUUCUUCUUUGACUCAAACCGCUGCUUUUCUGCUCUCUCUGCGGCGAACAAAAGAGCCGCUCUUCUCUUUUAUCUCUGCUCUACUUUUUAUCAUCUUUUCUGUAGUUGUUUACUGAUGUGACUCAGUCUGUCCAGGCCUCAGGGUGUGUGUUAGUGUGUGUGUGUAAAAGUGGGGGGGAUAAUGAUUAUUACUAGUGAGAAACACCUGGCAGCAGGAAGGAAGAAAAGCGUCUCCUCCGUCUGUCUGUCUUUUUGAAAAAUGAUCAGCUGUAAAGACGGAGGGUUUGGCUCGUGGCGAUGGGCCAGGUCUCUGCCGAAGUUCAGUGAUAGAAAAACUCCUAAAGUACCGACUUCAGGAGUGUGAGUGUGUGAGAAAAUCAAGCAGAUGUUUGGGGUUCAAAAGUCAACCUGCAAGUAUCGUGAGCACGGUCAAAGCAGCUGAUCGAGUCGUGUAGCGAUUUUAAAUUCAAAAUAAAUGUCGAAAAUUAAUCAAAUUAAAUUAUGACAUUUAUGCACUCGUUGAAGGGGCACCACCCACCUUUCUGGUGGGAAAAAGGACGAAACAAAGUUCAAUUGAGUAAUUAAACGUUGGAUCAGUCUUACACAGAUUUAAAUCAGUCUCUCAUCUGAGGCCGGAAUUCUUCAUUCAGGGACUACUUUCUGAAAGACCACUAAGACGACAACUUAGAAUUAAAUGGACAAUUUAUUAACAGCUAUAUGAUAACAAAACGUCAAUAAAUGAUGAUCAAAUAAUGAGCAAAUCAAAGCACAUCUAAUGAAUAAACGAAGGAAUGGUUUAAAUUAAACCUAAGACUGGAGGUUAAUAAUAGUGAGUGAAUAAAGGGGAAAUUUAACCUACGUUAACGGAGUUACGAGGGUAAAUAAAAGGAAUUUGGAGAACUAAACUAUAAUUUAUAAGAGUAAGCUACUGAACGGUUGACGGCAUCACCCAGUUCUCAUCACAGCAGUUUAGAGGAUUUAGCCUACUUUGGACGUCGGUUCUCAGCGGCACCCUUGGAAUGGAUCAGCUGAAGUUCUGUGGCUACCGGACCGGAGACUGAAGGUUCGGCGGGGAAUUCUUCCGCCGUGUCUGGAUCUCAGCUUCAGGACCGUGUCAGCGCCGUUAGAUACUUCGGAUCUCUGGGCCUCUCGGAACCAGGUGGCAAAGCAGCUUGGCAGAUGAUGCUGGUCGGCGUUCAGGACUUGCUUGGUUGCAGAUUAAUUCGCGCCAAUAACUUAAGAAAAUAAUUUCGCUGGCCAGCCGAUAUUAUCUUCAGGAGUCACUUUAGCGAACAAAAAUAAAAGACUUAGACUGAGGUUCUCUUAUGCGCGCAGCUUGUUACUGAGGCUCUAAAGGACUUGGGAAUGCUUUCAUCCAAGUUUAGAAUAAAAAUCUGAGCUUAAGGCAAUUAAUAAAACGCGGGGAAAAUUGCGAACGAUAGGCGAAGACAAAAGAAAACUAGACGAAGACAAAAACGGAAGAGACAAAAACUGAAGAGAAGACAAAACUGAAGAGAAAACUAAAACUGAAGAAAAACAGAAGACCGAGCAAAGACUCCCGGGCUCUUUUAAACCAUCCCGUGUGGGCGUGAGCCAAGAGGAAAGUUACAGCCAAUGCUGUAACCCGAUGCAGCACAUCGACUGGCAGCGAAUUUAACUCAACUUGAUAUUAAAAGCGAGCUAGAUCUAAUUUACUCACUCACUAUGAUUAAACUGUUUAUAACAUCACAUACGAUCACAUUUCACUUCAUUGUUUCUUAUGAGCAGACGCAUUAAAGCAUGACAUUGAAAACAGUAAACUUUGAUCAGCCGUCUUCUUGACACUAACAGAGGAUUAACGACUUUUAAAAGUUAGAGAGGGACAGAAAACAAAUUAUCUAUUCGAACAGAAACACCAUCCAGCAUAAGAAACACAUAUGUAAUAAUAUUUGACAACAUUAUAACCUUGUCAAUCAAGCUUCCUAGAUGAUUAAUAUAUAUUUUUGUGUGAGGUAGAUAAAACAUAGUAUGGAUACAUUCCGAAACUCUUAACUUGAGUCUAAACGAGUUUCACGUUACUACUUCUAAACUACUAGCCUAUCUUGGGAAUACCAUUUACUAAGCUACGAAGUGUAUAACAAAAGGAAAGAAAUACACGUGAUUAGAUUCCUGCCAUUUGGCUCUGAUCAAACCAUAUUCAGGCAUCACCACUAGGAGGAGCUCUUGGUCCAUGGAAAAACCUGGAAUAAAUUUGUGAAGUUAACAGUUUGGCUUGUGGAUAUGUUACAGAAUUGGGAAAAAGACCAUUUCAUUAAGAAUGUGGUGUACAGACAGAAAAUCCUGGUGAAGUGUCCAUUAAACAUGAAGUUAAACCAUUUUCAGGCAUCCUCUUCCUUCUGCUCUGCAAAGAAAGCCAAGGAAUUUAUGGCAGGUAUCUGGUUUUUCAGAUUUGGCGCCAACUGGCCUGUUUUCCCCCCUAGGUCAUUGGGUUAAUCCUGAGGUGUCAAUUCUGAUCUUUCCCAACCAGGGUGAGAGGCUCCGUGUUUAUGGGUCUGUGUGGUUGAUAAGCAACUUGUCCUUUUUGGGAAGCGUUAAAGAUUCACUAUCACCUCCCAAAUGGUUGCCUAGGUCGUAAAUGGGAACUUGGUGUGCAAACCGUUACUCCCCCAUUUCCUGUCCAAACCAGAGGAGCCUGCAUUCCUUUGAGGGGUGAAUUCAAGGUGGAUAGCAGAAAGCAGUUGUCUCAUUACAUAUCCCCCCUUCGUCUCGAUGGCAGCUCCAGGAGCCAUUGGGACGACGAGAUGAGACGACCAGGUGGAAGCAGCAGUUAGUCCAAGGAGGGUGAUGCGUCUCGUUCAGAACUAUCUACUUCGUUAGAUCUAUUGUGUGUGUUAAGCCUACUACAUCUAUGGGUGCGGGGUUACAGGAAGCUGACUACACCUCGAGCAUGUGGCUCACCUUGUCUUCCUCUGGCUGUUCAACUUCCUGUUCCGUUUCAGGUUGUCUACGGAGUCGUAACCUAGUUACACAGUGGUCUAUUUUGUACUGUAGGGCUUUACCACGUUUGACGUAGAUGAAGGUUAACCCGAAGGUCAGGAGGUACCCUAACACUAUGGCGGCUGCUAGUAAGGUGUCUGGGGUGGACCAAACAUAGACUAUUGGUUGCAGCGGGGACUUCUCUUGGGACCUUAUGUCUAUAAGGACGUCAUCUACAGGCGUUAGGUCAAUGAUCUGAGUACCUGCAUACUGGAUUUGAGAAAUAGUGUUUGGAUCUAACUGCAGCGUAUGCUUGCUGAAAAACGCUGGCACUUCAAUCUCUGUUUCGAAUUGCUCAGGGUUGAGGUAAAAGAGGGCAAUGUCAUCUAUAUGGAGAAUGGCAUUUGGUGGCACCUCAAUCCACAUGGUCUGAUCCAGUAGAGAAAUGCGUGUGGCAGUAUCGUGCUGGUCGUAAUUUACAAUGGCAGUCUUGGUGGGGGUGUUAACUAACCAACGGUGACCCACUCUUUCGGCCUGCGUUACAGUCACUUGUGAGCGGUGUCUUGCUGUAGUAGGGCAUUUGGUGUCGGCCACCAUGGGCGUAAGGCCGCAGAGGCCAUUAGUACUGUCCCACACAAAUGGUUUACUGGGGCAGAGGUAGUGUAUGUCUUUGGUUCGUGUGCACAUACGCAGGUUAGGAGCUAGAUAUAGGUCAGGAUUGCUGUCGUGGUAAGCGACCACUGGUGGGGUCUGAAUUUGGAGGUGUGCGUCCUCUUUCCAAAACCCGACAUUGACUACAUCCUUUAGCCUAUAGAUGCUUCCUGAUGCUAUAAUUGGCAAGUUAAUAAGGAAAGCAAUUUCUCGAUCUUCGGGAUUAACGUAGAUCGGCACAGCGCUACCUAGGGUAUACGCGAGGUGGGCUUGUAAAGGAGUGGUGGCCUCUCUGGUUGCAGUUGAUAGUAAAUCCUGAACCAAUGAGAGAGGUACCAAGUAUGGAGGAAUCCGGCCUGCAGCCAAACUGUCUAUUGAGGAUGAUAUUUCUUGCAACAUGUCUGACAUGAGCAUAUUCAGUAGCAUUGUGUGAGCAUAGUCGACCUGGACCACCGACAACAAAGAAUUUACAGCACGCAGCGUCUUAUUCAGGACUUCUGUGUGGGUGUUAACCACCAGAACGGUGCCCUUGACUGUUUGACCAAUAGUCUGCAGUUGUGUCUGCUGUCUGUUUAUCUGAGCCCUGAUGUCUGGGAUUUCGGCUUCUAGCUCACCCACAUGGCGUUUGACAGCAGCUAAGCUAAUGGCAUUAACAGAGGAGAGCCCAACACCAAAAAGAGAGCCAACAACCGAGGCUGCGGUAAGCAAUGCUCCGAUAAAACGCUUGGACCUCCUGUUGGUACCACUUAACUCUGUUUGAGAGACAGUGAAUUUCUGAAGUUGCUCUAACAUGUAAGUAAUGUCCAACUCGGCGUGAUUUACGACCUGUCUGCUCCAAUGUGUCCCGGCCCAACUGGUCAGUUGAGCUGUUACCGGAACAUUUUUCUUGAGGACUUCCUUAGGGUUGAGCCUGACAAACACCUUCUGUGUGUGCAGGCGACAGUCUGUUAUCAGGAGUCCAGGCUGAUCCCUUAACACAAUUCCAGAGUCCGGUCCUGGCUCUAUGAUCUCAGGGCUAGCUGGAGCAGCUACCAAGCCGAGAAUCAGGAGCGCUAUCAGCCAAAUCAUCCUGAGGAAGAGGGUGGACAUAGUUAGGAUGAGUUGGUAGAGGACAAUCUAGAAUUCAAAUGUUCCCUGUCACUUUAUUUUCUCCUCCCCCCUUUGUAACCCAAAGUGUGCCCGAGGGCAACUCAGUGGCAACAAUUCAACAAUAAUACAGACGCACAAAUAGGAUAAACUUCACGUGGACACAAUAUCUACGAGGACUAGGGGACCUGACGUCAAUCAGGAGAACUUAGGACUGUUCUAGUUUAUGACUCAAGGGUGGCGCUGGAGGCCCCGACAAGUCCCAUGGGGUUGUGGUGAAGUUUAAUCUGGUUGCGGUGGACCCAUUUAAGGGUCGGCUCUUUGUUGCCCUUUGCGAUCUUAAUUUGGUACACAACAGAAGAGAGCUUUUCAGUGAUCAGGUACGGGCCUGCCCAGCGGGGCAGGAACUUUCGUGCCAGUCUCCCAGACUUUGGGGCUUUAUCUCCAGUGGGCUGGGUGAACAGGUAGUACCAUACCUUGUCACCUACUUGGAGUUCCUGUUGGGAGGCUUUUUGGUCAUAAUAGGACUUACGUCCUUCAGCACUUUUGCUGAGAUGCUCUUGGGUGAAGGCAAACGUUGCCUUCAGGUGCUGGUGUAAGUCAGUCAUAUACUGAUGGGUCGUGUAGGCCGUUGCUAUACUGGCCUCACCUGGCUGAUACAGCAGGUGCAGAGGUAGGGUCAUCUGUCUGCCCGUCAUCAACUCGAAGGGUGAGAACCCGGUUGACCCAUGUGGAGUCGCUCUGAUGGCCAUCAGGACCAAGGGAAGCUUAACAUCCCAGUCCUUGUGGUUGGCUAACACAUACUUUUUCAGUAUGGUUACCACUGUUCGGUUUACCCGUUCUACCUGUCCAGACGACUGGGGGUGGUGGCUGAUGUGAAAGUUGGCUUUGACGCCCAACAGUUGCCACAGUUGUUGCAUUACCUCUGAGGUGAAAUGUGUCCCUCUGUCAGAGUCGACACGAGUUGGGAGUCCGAACCGCGAGAAGAUGUGGUUCAUCAAGAGGUAUGCUGUGGUUUGAGCCGUAUCGUUUGGGGCUGGUAGGCAUUCUACCCAUUUGGUGAAUGCACAGACAACUGUGAGGAAGUAUUUGUUUCCUCUUGCUGACUUAGUGAGAGGACCCACCCAAUCGAUCUGGAGGUCUGACCAAGGAAAGGAGAUACCUCUGCGCUGUAGAGGUGCUCGAUGGAGUGGGUUUGCCGGUUGAAACUGGCAGCAAACCAGGCACCCUUUUAUAUAGUCAGCUACAUCUUUCUGCAUGUGUGGCCAAUAGGCCACCUGUUGGAGAGCAUGGAGCGUGGCUUUGUUUCCUCUGUGUCCUGCGCACGGUGUGUCAUGGGCGUAUGUCAACAUCACCCCCCUGUGGCUGCGAGGCACCACGAGGGCAGGCGAAGUGAGUGCAUCGGAGACAUAAACCAGAAAGCCCUUGACGAGCCGCAGCGAAGAGCGCACGCGGAAAAGAUGGCGCAGGCCAGGGAUGGAGUCAAGCAAGUCAGGAGGCAUGGAGGAGUCAGGAGGCCCUGAAAGGAACUGCGUCAUGGCAGCAAUGGCUGGGUCCGAAGCUUGGAGCACCAGCAAGUCAGAGUCAGAAAAAGCCGGAGCCACAGUGGCGGAGACCGGGCCCGAGGGAGCCGGUGGAGCUCGAGACUGGGCUCUGGUGACAGCACAAACCAGGGGCACGGGUGGGAGGGGAAAAACAGAGGGCUCAAAGUGCCAGUUUGAGCCAGUUAAGGCCCCCUGCUUGGCCAAGGAGUCAGCCUGGUCGUUAAACAUCUUGUCUGGACCAGGGAUACGAGAGUGCCCCCUGACUUUCUUCCAAUAGAUCUGAAGAUCAUGGUUAGAGGUCAAGAAGUCGCACGCCAGGAACAGAUCUUUGUGUUUGACCGGCUUUCUGUUCGAGGUCAAGAAACCGUUGCGUUUCCACAAAGGCAGAUGACAUGAGAAGCUGAGUCGCGCAUAGUUGGAAUCUGUACAAAUCGUUAAGGCGUGGAUUUUGUGUUCCACCGCAAGUUGCAAAACAAUCAGAAUGCCUGCCACUUCAGCAUACUGGGACGUUUGGGCCCCUAGGUUGAAGCUGAGUGGUUCACACGGUUCAUCGUUGACCCAGACAACACCCACGCCUGCUCUAAGAACAGUGUCGUGAUGGUAUGAACAACCAUCAACGUAAGCUGUAAUCAUGUCUUUGCAGACAUUGUCGUCGAAGUACCGGUGGCAAGAUAAUUCAGGUGGCUCGGGGUCGCAGGUUGGGGACCCUGUGUCCGCGCUGUCUGUCAAGCAGCUUUGGCACGCUGCGAGUUCCAUCCCGAGAGGUGUUUUGCGAUUUUGGGCGUAGUGGACCUCGAUGUCAAAGCUCUGAAGAGCCAUAAGCCAAGAUGCUACACGAGCGUUGGUUACAACGCCGUCUCUGAUUCUUUGGCUGUUAAGGAAGGUCACUGGUUGAUGAUUGGUUUCCACAAUCACCUUUUGGCCUCCAAGAUAAUUCGAAAAAUGCUUCACAGCCCACACAGUGGCGAGAAGCGCCUUUUCGCAGUCGGAGAACUUUAGUUCAGGAGCCAACAAGGUUUUGCUAGCAUACGCGACAACUCGUUUAUCCGAGUCAUGGAUCUGGUAUAAUCCUGCACUAAGGCAGUGACAAGAGAAACCGACCUCCAGAUAGAAUGGUCUGUUGCAGUCUGGGUAGGCAAGACAAGGAGCUGCACAGAGUUUGUCUUUUAAAGCUUGCAUGGCGUGUUGUUGGGACGGUCCCCAAAUGAAUGGGACGUCCUUUUUCAGUAAGUUGGUGAGGGGUUUUGCUAAGUCUGCAUAGUCCUCAAUGAACUGUCGGGAGUAGUUGCAUACUCCCAAAAAGCUGCGAAGCUCUGAGACGUUCGUGGGAGCUUUAAGGUUUGACAGGCCUUGAAUUCGACUCAGCUGUGGUUCGACACCUGUUGGACCAACCAGCAAACCGACGUAGUUCACUUUGGUCCUGCACCACUGACAUUUCGACAGAGAUAUCUUUGCCCCGGCGUUCGUGAGCUGGUUCAGGACAUGGUCAAUCUCAGCGAGAUGCAUGUCCAGGGUUUGGUUCCUCAUUAAGAUGUCAUCGACAUAUAUGAGGGUGCCUCUCUCACUAGCAUCUGGGCAGGCUUUGUUCAGAAAGAUGUUGAACUCUGCUGGCGAGUUGGCAUAGCCGAAAGGGCAUCGGGUGAAGGUGUACUGCCUGUUGGCAAAAGUGAACGCCAGUUUGUGCUGGUCAGCUUCCUGUACUGGUAUCGUCCAGAACCCUGAUGCCACGUCAAGAGUGGAGAAGUAUCUCGCGUCAGUGAUCUUUGGCAGAUCCUGUUGGAGCUGAGCCAUAGGCCACCUGGAAAGGGGAACUUGUUGGUUCAGCUUUCGGUAAUCGAUGGUCAGUCGCCAUUUACCGUUUGGUUUCAGUACCGGCCAGAGUGGGGCUGAGUAGGUACUGUUACAUGGCCGAAUGAUCCCUUUCGCCAAAAGAUCGUCUAUGAUUUCCUGAAUAGGUUCAUAGGACGCUAAGGGAAUUUUGUACUGGCGUACAAAAGUUGGUGGUGCAUCCGGUGGUGUCGGAAUGCGGAUAGAGUGGAUAGAGGUUAAGCCACAGUCAAGCGAGUCUUUUGCGAAAGAGGCUCGAUAUCUGUGCAGAAGUUUGCGAAGCUUUUCACGCUCCUCUUCGCCGUUCAGGGCGUCUGCCUCAGCUACGAGCUGUUCGACUUUGGCAUCAAAGUCUGGAUCGUGCUCAGGUGUUUGCCCGGUUGGGAAGAUAGAGGGUUCUACCCCGGAAAAUGUAUGGGCCGAUUCUGGCUCCGAAAUGACGCUUAGGACUUGCACUGUGUGCAGGAUCAUCUGUGAGUCCUCAGAGAGGUCGACCUGACAGAUGGUGUCGUGGUCCAGCGGUACAGUUGGGAAGAGCGAGAUAGCCCUGGAAGGUAGGGUAUGAAAGACCUGUUCCGGCGAAUGGUCUGACAUCAGAGAACGGGGCAUUUUUCCUAUUACAGGAAUCCUCAAUUCAAAGUCGUGGAACGACGUGCUGAUCAACCAACCCAGCGGGGUGGAUUUAGGGAUCAGGAUAUCUUCGGGUGUCGUGUUUUGUACAAGCAAGUGUGUGAAUCUCGAGUGAAGCUCAAGAAGAGGAGUUGCCUGAGUAGACAGCCCUAGUUUAAGAAAGAGCAACGACGGCUGGAAGAAAGCUUGAGUGUGCGACAGCUUUUGUCCACGUUGUAGGUUCAAGCGAAUGGGAACGUUUGUGGUCAUUGCAGGUAUGACAAUGUCAAGUUCAUUGGCUACCUGACAGGCUUCAGGGAUCGACUGUCCUGAUAUGAUGUUGUCGACAUCAGGGGUCAGGGUUUCCUCAUUAACACUGGUAAGGGACCACAGUAUGUUGUUAAUGGUAUCGACCUGGACUGCCAACCUGACCAGUAUAUCACUUCCCAUGUAGACCUGAUAUGGUAGGUCUGGGAUGACCAAGAAGUGGUGAGUCAUCUCCCUUUUGUUCCAUCGCACAGUUAAGGCACAGACGCCUUCAGCAGUCAUGGUAGCUUUAGGAAGGGAGUCCAAGGGGAAGCGAAAUGCUUUCCGAACACACUGGAGGUUCGGGUCAUCCCUAGACAAGGCGUCGUACAGUUCACGGCUGAUGGCUGAUCUGUCAGCCCAAAGAGCCAAAAUCACAUCGUUGACGUGAUUCUCAUUCAAGUUGAUGCCUUCAGUGAUCAAUGGCCCGGGUGUGUCGGGUCCAUUGGUGUCAUCGAAUUUGCACAAAAAUGUGUCCCUUUUUAUGACUGAGUCAUCGAAAGGCCACGAGCAGGGUUGUGGCUCGUCGUCAGUCAAGUAGGGUUGUUCCGGUGAGCUUACACUUGUCGGUGUGCUUGUAGCAAGUUCACGCGUCAAGGCGUAACACUGAGCCCGAUUCUUGUCGGUUGCUGGUAUGGGUAAUGGUCUGCGGACCUGUGCCCAUAUUUUCAGCUGUCGAUAGUCGAUCAGGGGCUCAAACCGUUUUAAAAGGUCUUGACCGAUGAGGAAAGGAAUCGACUCAAGGGGCGACACAUACACGGGGUGCAUGAUUUUCAUUGGUCCAAUGGAGAUGUUCAACAUCGUCAUUGUAUUUAAAGUCGUACUGUCUGUAGAGUACGGCCGAAUCUCCAUGGCGCAGGGCUGCAGCUUGAUGUCCCUGUUGGACUGCUGCACCAUAUUGCGCAAGCGAUUAAAGAGCGUGGAGGACAUCAGAGUGAUGUCAGCAGCAGUGUCCAGGAGUGCUUCGUGUUGAAGUUCAUUUUCAAGGACGGUAUUAACGUAAAACUUCUGUGCGAUGCCUUUCUCAGUGAGGUUGCACAAGAAUUGGAGGAAAGGUGGUUCAAGCCGAAUAAGUGAGGAGUCUUCUUCGGCUGGCUCCUCUGCGGAGUUCGCCUGUACUACCAAGACGGCGCUGGUAGAUGUCGUUUCUUGUGAUGUGUUGUCCUGAGGUUCAAGAUCGGCAGGAGUGUCAGCUGGUGAGGGUGUCACCGACUCCUGUAAGGACAUACACACGUCCUCCUGAAAUUCAGUUUGCUGGACAGGCAUCAUGUUUGGCUCAGAAGUGUCAUCCUGGACGGCGGCGACAGCGACAGAGAAGAGAUCUGCUUUCUUAUCUCCUUUUCUCUGUAUUCUACGGAUUAUUUGUCUAAGGAGUUUACGUUCUUCCUCUGUCAGAUCAGAGGACUUUGAUUCACCCUUAGCUCCGCCUUUAGAUCCACUACCCUUCUGGGGAGGGUCUGAUUUGGCCUUUGUACCCAUCUCUUCGUCAGAAAAUGCUGAUUGAGACUGCGGGUAAGGUCGCUCUGAGUUUCGUUCUCGGCGUGGGCCAUAACGAUCUGACCGGUCUCUCCACCCCCUGUUAUCAGGUCGGUAGGGCCGAUGGGUGUCAUCCCUUCUAGGGUGAGCCCCAUCCCUGCGAGAGUACGAGGGUGGACGAUCUUCGUCAAAUCUGACCUGGUGUUGUUCACUGUCAGACCGAGGCUGCUUCAGGUUUUGACCUUUAUCAGCUGGCUGAUAUCGGGAAGUUUUCAGAUUCUGGGUUGGUCGGGCUGUUGCAGUUUGAGGUGCAUCUGAAUGCGCACCCACGGCACCACCCUCCAGAUCUAGGGGCAUGGACCUUGUGUCCACAGCCAAGACAGUACCAGGUUCGGCUUUCUUGGAUUGGGUGUGUCGCUGUUUAGCGAAGCCUUUUACAGCCAGUUCGCGGAGCUGUCUGCUGUUUAAGGUUCGGGGACAAGCAGCAACACCAAGAUGAUGACUCGUGGUCGGAUGGAGGUUUUGAACAAACAAAGUCUUAAAGUUUAGAUCUUCCUCCAUUUCAGGUUCAUUUUGACAACCAAAGUAAGCCUGGCGAAGGCGACCGUAGUACAACUGGGGAGAUUCCUGUCUCUCCUGUUUGACUAACAGUGCAGCAGCUAAACCAGUGGGUGUAAGGGAGUCAGAAAACUCGUCAAUUAAUGCCUGACACAGCAGGUCAUAGUCAUUCUUGACCCGACGCGGUUGUCGUUCAAUGAAGCUGCUAACCUCUCGAUUGGAGGUAGCUUUGAUCAAGUAGAUUUUGUCAUCCACAAGAGCACCUGGAAACUUCCUCAAGUAGAAGUCGAUGUCUUUCAAGUAGGUGCUUGGGUCUUCUGAACCUUUUCGACCGGGUUCAAAUCGUGUGAUGUUACGAGCCAUCUUGUCCAGAUCCCUGUCUGUGGGAUAUGCCGCUUGACGAGCAGCAGGCGUGGACUGAGGUUGGUAACUCAGGGAACGAUACCCGGAAGGUAUUGGUUGGGGAAGGGGCGACAAAGUAUGACCCGAGUUCCGUCCGGUGUCAUCCGGACUUGAUCGACCUGAAUGUCCUCUGGGGACACGACUCGGUCGGAAGGUAGGGAAUGGAAGCGUCUGUUGACUGCUUGGCGAGCUUCGCCCGCUCUGAUCUUGCUGUGGUUGACCCAGACUAAAUUUCCUCUGAGUCUCGAGGAGCAUUUGCUUUAGAUUAGCAGAAUGUCUCUCUUCUGCUUCGAGGGCCACCCUUUUACUUUCAAACUGGGCCUUCCAGUCCCUUGCAUCAGUUGAGGACUGAUCUAGGUUGCUUUUCAUUCUUGACAACUCCAGUAAUUGUUCAUGAAUGGUGGACCUAGCGUCCGAAAGCUGAGCUUCCUUUUCCUCAAUGGUGUCAUGCAACUCUGAGAUUUGAGUUACUAAGGAAGGGUUUUGAUCAUGUUGGGAUGGAGGCUCUGCUUGCCUCUCAUCCAAACUGUCUCGAGCUUGCUGUAGAGCCCUUUCAGUGCCUCCCAGCUCCUUUUUGAGAUCAUCAAUUUCCUUCAUUUGUGCCCGUAUCUGUUCUUGGGCCCUUCCCAUGGCUUCGUCUUGUCUCUUAAUUUGGACAGACAUCACACAAGCCAAGCGUGCUAAAGCUUUGGGGAUCUCUUUCUCUUUAGGUGGGUGUUCUGUAACCCAAUCGAUCACCUCAUUCAACACAGUUUGAAGCCCAUUGUUAUCAGUACGAUUCGCUUCGUCUACAUAACCUGGGAGCAGCGGCUGAGUCAGAGUUGUCAGCGCAUGCUUUAGCUCCUCACUAAAUAGUUGCCAACUUGCCUCCUUACGUUCUGCCAUGUUACUUCAAGUUUAGUAAGGUUGGUAGGUUAAUGAGUUUAACAAAAUAGCCGUGCCUAUAAAGCAAAUUGAGAAAAGCUGUGAAUUUAGGACCAGAAGAUAAGCGCUUUAAGCAAAGUCUGGUUCACGCUAAAAUAGCUGGAUGUUUAUUUCCGGAAUGAAACAAACAAAGGAAGCUAAAACAGAAUUUGGAUUUUAGCUGAAAAAGAAUUACGUACAAAAAUCAAACCUAAUCACAGCCAAAUCUCAUAGUCCAAACCGGAUUUGGUCAAAUAAACUUUACAGAAAGGAGUACAGGGAAACCUUAAAAGUAAAUAGCGGAUUGUCAGCUAAGCGUGGAAGGAAGGUAAAAGCUGAAAGUAAUCAGGAUCAACAAUGCAGUUGUAGAUGCAAUUAAAUCUUUCAAGUCUUCACCAGAUAAUCAAAGUAAAAUUGUCCAAAUUCAAUUGACCUAAAGGGAUAAAACAAAAAUUCUGAUCGUAGGUUGAUUAGGGAAUUAUUGAAUUAAUUGAUUAAUGUUACAUUAAUGAAUUAAUUAACUAUUGCCCUAAGUCUGUGAUCACAUUUAAGUGUUUUAUGAAGGGUCACAGAAAGAUGGAGGCAAUGAACAAUGAUUACAGGAUGACAAAGAUUUGAUUCAGCUAUUCUCCUUGAUAAGGCAGGUGAUCUAUCUGUACAAAGUAAAAAUAAAAGUUGUUUAUCAAGUAAAUCAACGUUUUAUUUGUAGUACAGAAACUAAAGACUCAAUCAACCAACUCAAUCUGACUAUGUCUGCAUGGCAUCUGUUUGACAACAGGGAGGCGUGGCAGUCGGCUAGACUGCAGUCUGUUUACAAUGAGGUCCAAGCAAAACAAAAGCCACGUGGCUGUGAGCCGGCUUGCAGUGCUUGCCGCUCACCACACGAGGGCGAUGUUCUAGGGGGCGGUUCAACCGCUCCGUACGUCGCGACGCAACGUUAUGACGUAACUAUUGGCUCCACCCCUCGGGGUGGCCUGCCUAUUCAACACUGGCCGAGUAGUCUCUCCAAUGGACACCAAAGGGUUAACACCUCACUGCGGCUGCGCGCGCAGUGGCAAUGGGAAGAUUCAACGCUGCGUCUCUAACAGCGGAUUGCUUCACCAGACUCCUCUGGGAGUAACCAGAGUUUACACAGACAGAUCUUACAACAGCAGACAAAACUGCGGACUUAAAUUCACGAAAUGCGGCGAUUUGUGAAAAAGAAUCGUGUCUGAAAUCACUCUAACAACCUCUCACUGGAAACAGUGAUCUCCCGCGACAGGUAGCUAAUCUGCCUGGGAAUGAGGGAUAAACUGAAUCCUUUACAGUUACUAGAACUUCGUAGCAGACUAUACAGGGUUCAGGGACUCGGAACCACGGCUCGGAGCUUCGCGAACACCGGGUCCGGCCCAAGGCCUUCUAACACAAGCGUACGGCGACGCUGAAAAUCGUGCACUCAAAAAUUAACAAUCUGGGUACGCGCGGCGGCGGCGCGCAGAGCAGAAAGCGCAGCCUCGCUGCAAUCCAAAACAAUGAUCCACGUGGUCUACGCUCACACACAAAAGUAUGCAGCAGCAAAAAAAAUCAGCGCUAUUACACAGAGCUCAAUAUCAUCAGAACAUGAAACAGAAAAUACAUCAAACGCCCAGUUCAGCAAUUUCAAAAAGCAUCAGACAUACAUUAAGCAAGCAAUCCAGUAAUUUCAGCAAGCAUAGCAUAGAUCUUAAGAAGUCUAAGUUGGGAAAUUGGGUUUCUCACUAGUUUGGGAAUCUAAAAUAAUCUUAAAGUUGUCUGUUAGUGCCUUACAGAAGUCGUUUGAAUGGCCUCACACGGGGCACCAAAUACUGUAGCGAUUUUAAAUUCAAAAUAAAUGUCGAAAAUUAAUCAAAUUAAAUUAUGACAUUUAUGCACUCGUUGAAGGGGCACCACCCACCUUUCUGGUGGGAAAAAGGACGAAACAAAGUUCAAUUGAGUAAUUAAACGUUGGAUCAGUCUUACACAGAUUUAAAUCAGUCUCUCAUCUGAGGCCGGAAUUCUUCAUUCAGGGACUACUUUCUGAAAGACCACUAAGACGACAACUUAGAAUUAAAUGGACAAUUUAUUAACAGCUAUAUGAUAACAAAACGUCAAUAAAUGAUGAUCAAAUAAUGAGCAAAUCAAAGCACAUCUAAUGAAUAAACGAAGGAAUGGUUUAAAUUAAACCUAAGACUGGAGGUUAAUAAUAGUGAGUGAAUAAAGGGGAAAUUUAACCUACGUUAACGGAGUUACGAGGGUAAAUAAAAGGAAUUUGGAGAACUAAACUAUAACUUAUAAGAGUAAGCUACUGAACGGUUGACGGCAUCACCCAGUUCUCAUCACAGCAGUUUAGAGGAUUUAGCCUACUUUGGACGUCGGUUCUCAGCGGCACCCUUGGAAUGGAUCAGCUGAAGUUCUGUGGCUACCGGACCGGAGACUGAAGGUUCGGCGGGGAAUUCUUCCGCCGUGUCUGGAUCUCAGCUUCAGGACCGUGUCAGCGCCGUUAGAUACUUCGGAUCUCUGGGCCUCUCGGAACCAGGUGGCAAAGCAGCUUGGCAGAUGAUGCUGGUCGGCGUUCAGGACUUGCUUGGUUGCAGAUUAAUUCGCGCCAAUAACUUAAGAAAAUAAUUUCGCUGGCCAGCCGAUAUUAUCUUCAGGAGUCACUUUAGCGAACAAAAAUAAAAGACUUAGACUGAGGUUCUCUUAUGCGCGCAGCUUGUUACUGAGGCUCUAAAGGACUUGGGAAUGCUUUCAUCCAAGUUUAGAAUAAAAAUCUGAGCUUAAGGCAAUUAAUAAAACGCGGGGAAAAUUGCGAACGAUAGGCGAAGACAAAAGAAAACUAGACGAAGACAAAAACGGAAGAGACAAAAACUGAAGAGAAGACAAAACUGAAGAGAAAACUAAAACUGAAGAAAAACAGAAGACCGAGCAAAGACUCCCGGGCUCUUUUAAACCAUCCCGUGUGGGCGUGAGCCAAGAGGAAAGUUACAGCCAAUGCUGUAACCCGAUGCAGCACAUCGACUGGCAGCGAAUUUAACUCAACUUGAUAUUAAAAGCGAGCUAGAUCUAAUUUACUCACUCACUAUGAUUAAACUGUUUAUAACAUCACAUACGAUCACAUUUCACUUCAUUGUUUCUUAUGAGCAGACGCAUUAAAGCAUGACAUUGAAAACAGUAAACUUUGAUCAGCCGUCUUCUUGACACUAACAGAGGAUUAACGACUUUUAAAAGUUAGAGAGGGACAGAAAACAAAUUAUCUAUUCGAACAGAAACACCAUCCAGCAUAAGAAACACAUAUGUAAUAAUAUUUGACAACAUUAUAACCUUGUCAAUCAAGCUUCCUAGAUGAUUAAUAUAUAUUUUUGUGUGAGGUAGAUAAAACAUAGUAUGGAUACAUUCCGAAACUCUUAACUUGAGUCUAAACGAGUUUCACGUUACUACUUCUAAACUACUAGCCUAUCUUGGGAAUACCAUUUACUAAGCUACGAAGUGUAUAACAAAAGGAAAGAAAUACACGUGAUUAGAUUCCUGCCAUUUGGCUCUGAUCAAACCAUAUUCAGGCAUCACCACUAGGAGGAGCUCUUGGUCCAUGGAAAAACCUGGAAUAAAUUUGUGAAGUUAACAGUUUGGCUUGUGGAUAUGUUACAGAAUUGGGAAAAAGACCAUUUCAUUAAGAAUGUGGUGUACAGACAGAAAAUCCUGGUGAAGUGUCCAUUAAACAUGAAGUUAAACCAUUUUCAGGCAUCCUCUUCCUUCUGCUCUGCAAAGAAAGCCAAGGAAUUUAUGGCAGGUAUCUGGUUUUUCAGAUUUGGCGCCAACUGGCCUGUUUUCCCCCCUAGGUCAUUGGGUUAAUCCUGAGGUGUCAAUUCUGAUCUUUCCCAACCAGGGUGAGAGGCUCCGUGUUUAUGGGUCUGUGUGGUUGAUAAGCAACUUGUCCUUUUUGGGAAGCGUUAAAGAUUCACUAUCACCUCCCAAAUGGUUGCCUAGGUCGUAAAUGGGAACUUGGUGUGCAAACCGUUACUCCCCCAUUUCCUGUCCAAACCAGAGGAGCCUGCAUUCCUUUGAGGGGUGAAUUCAAGGUGGAUAGCAGAAAGCAGUUGUCUCAUUACAGUCGGAAUAAAAUAACCAUGAAAUCUGCUGCUUGGUCGAGUGUGACGGAGAUGAUGAAGGAACUCCUCUUCACCUGCAUGUGUGGGACCUAAAACCUGAAUCAUGCAGAGAGGAGACCUGGGCCCGUAUGCACGUUGAAAGCGUUUAGCAUAAACGCGAUUAGGGCUUAAACGCGUUUAGUUCCUAUACGAUUUUGGUAUGCACAAUGCUGUAAACGGAACCGUAUAGCUAACCGCGUUUACUGUGUCUUAAACGGGUCGAGUGACGCUCGAGUGACGGUUCGACUGACUGUCAACUGAUCCACUCCUACCAACUCCCCACACACGUCUUGGAAAGAAGAAGUGGCGUAGUACCGUAAGGUUACAAGGACUUGUUGUAGUGGAGUGAGGGUGAAUCCUCGGUUCGAAAGUUCAAUUUCAGCGGAAAUCUCCUGUGUGAGGUCGAGAAUAUGGUGCCGUCGAAAUCUAAACUUACGGAACACUUCAUGGUCGUCAUACGUGUCGAAGGGGUGUUUUCUGUCACGAAAAAUCCUGUUUCGACGCAAUUGUCGCCGCUGUCUUCCUUAGAACAACAAGAGUGCCGCCAUAAUUAAACGCGUUUAGACCCGCUAUUGGACCCCCAGAGGUGCGAUAACUUUAAACGCGAAAAUCCGUAUAGGAACGGCUAUACGAAGUGACGUGCAUACCGAUAUUUUUUGCGUUUAGGAGUUAAACGCGUUUAGCCCUCUAAACGCGUUUUGCCAAGCAACGUGCAUACGGCCCCAGGUUUAAACAAGAUCCAGAAAGAUCAAGAUUUGAGAUACUUUUUGGAAACCAUGGACACUUGUGUUCCCAGCGAACUUGACAAAAGUCCAGAUCCCCUUUUUCAGCAGGAAAAAAACUUAUUUCUGGUCCCAGGUUAUGAAUUCAGAAUCAGGUCUUUGUAUUCAUCGUGGUGGUCACAUGUGAGAUUAGGCCAUCACAAAGACAUGAGUGGUACGAGUGAAAGAGGACACAGUCGUACCAGACCCAUCAUCACGGAGGGCUGAGCUGUAUGAGACUGGUGAAAAGACUUCGCAUCUGCUGUUUCUCUUUUUUCAGCCUGUCAUGGUCGUGAUCGCAGGAACUGUCCACAGAGACUUUGGAGAAACUCUGCAUGAAACAGCUGGAGCUAGGGUCUUAAUUUAGCUCUGGGGUGAAUGAUCUACACAGGGUCACAGCACAGGAGCGAAAAUUUUAGUUUUUUUCUUAUAAAGAUUUAGCAUGGAUAAAAAGCUGUGCAGGUGACUUCAGCUCCUCCACCAGAUAAUGCCUCAUUUGCAUGAUCUGCGGGCCCCGUUGGAAAAAUGCAGAAAAUUCUUUUGCUCACAGGAAAAGUCGCGGCAGAUCAAACUUCUCCUCGCCGAGUGGGGGGUUUGUGUCGCCGUGCAGCCGAUCAGGAAGUCUGCAGCGCUUGAUUUUAAUUAGCCUCCCAUUUCAUGCUGCCAGCAGGACGUGUGUGCACAUAGCAGCAUGUAAACCUCUAAAGGUCAAAGGUCAGCAGCGGAGGCAAACUAAAGGAAAAUUACAAAAAAUUACAAAGAAAUGAUGGGAUUAAACUCUGAAUGUGAGUUUGAAUCUUUCUAAGGACUCUUUUUUUUUUUUCCAGGAGUUUCUGCAAACACUUUGUCUGAUCUUCACUUCAAAAGGAUGUUCAGGGAUUUAGAGUCCUUGUUUGUGAGUGUUUUAAGGUCUGGGGAAUGUUUUCUGGCAAUGAGGGUCUUCACAAGUAUAUAAUUACAAACGUCUGUGUGUGUGUGUGAGUGUGUGUAAAGGUACAGUCACUUCUAAUAAGCGCCGCACACUUUCUUUAACACACACACACAUAUACAUACAUGCACACGCAGUAGGGGGUCUGUCUGAUUAGUUUCAGGUGUGUGUGCGUGUUGUAGUAGUGUGUGACCAAAGCCUGACACCUCUGUAACAAGCCUGAAGGGCGUGUGUGUGUGUGUGUGUUUGUGUGUGUUUGUGUGUGUGUGACAACGGGGUCAAAGCUGUAAAAAGCGCUCAAACACACCUCAUGAGAGUCCACCUCUUUGUGCUGGGAUGAAAGAAAGGGAUUCUGGGUAACUGUAGCCAUAUAGAAAGUGUGCGCUCACACCUCAGAUUAUCUCACUCUUCGUCUUGUGUUACUCGUUCAUCUGGGUGGAGCUCAAAGGAUAUCCAUUUCCUCCGCCAGCCACCCUUUUUUUUCUGCAGAAAACUGAGUCCAGUUGAUUUUUCUGGAAGAUCUCCAUCCCUGACGUCACCCAGUGGAGCCCGGCAGGUGUUUGAUUACGGCCGGGUUACCAUAGCAACAGUUAUCAAAGUUACAGGUUCAUGUAGAGAGGAGGACGCAGUGUGCUGCUUGCAGGUUAUUAACUGAAUUUUGGCACCUUGAGCUCAUAAAUGCUGACUUUAUUACUCAGUGUCGAUGAGAUUCACCAGUGUCCAAGGCUUCGUUGUUUGAAGUAGUUUCAGCCGCUCCGUUUGGCUCGGCCCGGCUUUGGCUGCUUUUCCAUUUUUGUGUUGUGAACUGAAUCCUUUAGAAACAGCAUUUGACGAUCUGUUCACAGUAGGUCAACCAAAAGAUUACCCAAUAGUAACAGGCUCCAAUGGAGGCACGUUGCCGCCUAUAUUUAAAGCCAAGCGUGGGAUGUUGUAGUAAAUCCUGGUCCAUCGUGCUGGUGUGAGUUCUUGUUUGCAGAGACGUCUUUGCAGGAGAAGCUGAGAGUUAAAGAGCUAGGGCCUGAUCAGCUGGACGUCAAAACCUUUAGAGGAAGAAAAGAGAAGAAAAUCUAACAUUAUGUAUUUCUAAUAUUGUUAUUUAUUACAUCUAAGAAUAACUGUGUAUGUAUUUGAAAUGUCAUUUAGAGUUUGAACUGUAUUUUAAAUGUGUGGUUCUCUCUCUCUCUCUCUCUCUCUCUCUCUCUCUCAGGUGCAGUCAGGUACAGAUGGAGGUCGCAGGUUGGCCGUCACCCUCAGAGCUGACAGUGAGUUUCUUGCUUAAAAAAAACUUAAAAUCGUUAACUUUAAGGAGUUUGAACCCCUAAAUCUGUGAGUUAUCGCCUAAAAGCAGUUUGAAGCCUCAAACACAAUUUCACAUCCAACAUUUGGGAUUCUCAAAGAUGCCGUUACUUUGUUUUAGUCUAUGUUCAUUUUUCCCACCGAGCUGGAGCCCCUCUUUCCCCCCUCUUCUUCCUCCUCCUCCGCCGUCUUUUGUUCUUUUCUCCUAAAAGUCAAGUUCCUGAGCCGUAGCCGAUCCUCCCUCCCGCCUUUGUCCGUGACCAUGAGCGAGGAGCACAUUCACAGUGCUCUUUGUGUGCGUGUGUGUGUGUGCGUUUGUGCGUGUUUCAUGAAAAGUGUGUUUGUGUGUGUGUUUGCAGUUUUUAAGCAAACUCUACAACAAACAGAGAUGAAAACAAGAAAUUUGACUUUUUAUUCCAACUUUAGCCUGAAAGGUUUAUCAUAUUCCCUUAUUUUUAGACUCUUUUCCCAACCUGCAGAUACUGUAGUUGUCAGAUGACUGAACUCUGCUCCUGAAGUAACGAGUCCAGUAUAAAUAUUUGGAUCAAACUGAAAGAAAAAUGUUUAAAAACUGUCCAACUGUUUGUUACCUUCGGUUUAUUUCUGUCAGCUGAGGGUACGACUAUGUGCAAAUGAAACCAAACCUUCAGCUGUGCAUACUACUCUGUUAUUCCAAAAAUGACCGUAGCCUAUUCAUUAUUAUUUAAUCUGAUCCAAAUUCACCUCUAACGUGGAGGUCAAAGGUCAGGAGGUCAUGUGGCUUGAAGCUGAUAAUGCAUCCUGUUCUGAAGAAAAGCCGAGAGGAAAAGUGAUAAAAUCUGCAAACUUUAGCCAAACCGAAGCGCUGAGGUGUUUUAGCAUGACAAUUAAACCACCUCAGCUUGUGUGUGUGUGUGUGUGUGUGUGUGGACUGAGCGACACACCUCACUGCCUCCUUUCCUCCAGCUUUUGGAGGAUGACGGAUUGAGGAGAGUCCGGAGCUUCCUCUUCCUCUCGCCUUAUUGUCACACAGAGUGACCUUUGACCUCUGUUGCAUCACUACCUGAAGCUGAUUAGGUCAGCAAUUCUCUCAAUAAAUGUGAUUAUUUUUCUUUCUUUUUUUAAUUUGAAAAAAAAAGAAAGUCCUAGUUUGUGUUGCUGCUGGUGAAGGAGGUUCUCCUGUCAUGUUCUCCAAGAGUUCCUCCUCAAAGUCAGGACCAGAUCUUUGUCCAGAUAAAGUUACUCCCCCUUGAAAGAGCUCCUGAGAUGAAAAACCUUUCAGUGGAUUGAGAGGGACUUUGAAGAGGCCUGAGAGGAAAUAGCAGAAAGACCGUGUAAGAGGAGGACAGCUCUAUUAUAUGCAUUUGAAAAGUCCAGUUUCAACCCUGCAUGCAUCCCUUUCUCUGUCACUGGGUGGGUUUUAAAGCCCAAACUAGCUAGUUCUUAGUAAUCUCAUUGAAAGCUGCAGCAGGUUUCUGGCAUCAUGAAAAAUGAGAGCCUUAUUACAACCUGCAGCCUCAGGAAAACCACCAGAGAUCCCAGAGGCAAACCUCUGACUGAGCAUGUCCCAACAAAGGUCCGUCUGCGCAUAUGUGGUAAUUCAGAGGCCUGCAGUGAUUCUAAACCAGGCGAUUAAUAAUAUCAAAUCAAAUCAAAUUUUAUUUAUUUAGCACUUUUCAUGCAAAAGCAAAUACAGCACAAAGUGCUUUACAUGUUAAAAACAGUUUGAAAACAAUUUCCCUCACCCCAUACCCAGCCCCUCACCUCGCAGAGACCCCGCCCUAGCGCACUCACACACACACACAGAUAAAGCAAUCUUAAAAGGAUGUCGCUGAGUACAGAGGAGCCAGGUCAGAAAACACCAGGAGGCCGACUGCACCAGAGGCUGCUCACGGCCCAGGGCCGGGACACCUCCACCCUGGCGUGCGCCCUGCCGCAAUCCAGUAAGGGUCCCACAGCAGGAAGCACUGCUGCAGACCCCCACCCGGCCAAACUGAAUGCACACCACGAGGCAAAGAAAUCACAGAGAGGUAGUCACAGCCCUCAGUACAGGUGGCCCCCCCUCUGGAGAAACACAAUAAAAACAUAAAAACAUUGACUACAUCAACUAAGAACAUCAAAUCAAAUCAAAUUAUAAAAUACAAAUAAAUAGCAAAAACAUCAUUUAAAAUAAGUUGAUAAAUACAAUAAACAAAACAUUUAAAAUCUGGACUAAAAUAUAUAAAUAAUAUAAGAUAAAAUAAGAUUAUAUAUACUGUACAUAUAUGUUUUUAUAUAUAUGUAUGUAUGAGAUAGAUUAGACUAACAAGUAUAGUUAGUGAAAAAAGAGCUGAUUUAAUGCUUCUCACUGUGUCCUCAGUCACGUACCCUUCUGUUAGUUUGUGCCAUGUAAGCUCUCCUUGACAAGGUAGCAAAACUUCCCAGAACACCUGUUUGGAUGCUCUGCUGCGUCACCAGAUCUUUAGCAGAGCCACACUAACUGUCACACUGAGAUCCUCCUUUUAAAACCUGAUCUCUGAUUUCUUCAGAGUCCCGUUCAGACCAAACAUUAAUGUGGUUCAAUUUGAUGAAGCUUUCUGUAGUCAAGAGGGAAUUCGUCUUAUUCAAGUAAGACUUUUUGUACUUUUUAAAGACGAGUUUUAAUCGUUCAGAAUCACAGAUUAAAUAACACAAAGAGGAAGGUCAGGCAGCUCUGACUCCCUCUUUUGACCCUGUUGUAACAAUUUAAAGCCUCGAAGAGGAAGAGGAGAAGAUGAGGAAGAGUUUGGGAGAAAGAAGAGGUUAAAGAUGAAGCUUUUACUUUUUGAACACAAAAUCUGGUCAUCUUUCAUCCUCCUCUUCCUUUCUUUUGUCUUUAAAAAACUCUAAAUACAAAGAGGAGGAAGAGGAUGCACAAUCUACCACCUUCCUCUCUCCUUUGUUUUCUUUAUAAAAGCAUUAGGAUAGAGGAAGAGGAGGAAGGAGGAGGAAGAUGAGCGUCCAGCCGUGAGCUUCUCCUUCAGCCCUGAACAUGACCCCGCUUUGAGGAAGAGGAGCAGUGACUUGUAUCCUAUCCCAUGCUCCCCUCUAACCUCCUCUCAGUCUCCAUCCUUUUUAAGCUCCUCUCCUCUGUCCCUUCUUCCUCCUCCUCUUCCUCACCUCAAUCCUCUUCGUCAAUGGGAGGCUGGCAGGAGGGAAGAGGAGCAGUGAGUCGUGUCUGAGCUCACGCCCACUCUUCUUUCUGCCUCAGAAGUCCAGCUUUUCUCCUCCGAUCCGCUGAGUUCAUGGCUGGCUGCUCUUCCUCCUCCUCCUCCUUCGUCACUCCAUCUUCAUCCUUUAUGAGAUAAAAAUGAGGAUCAGGAGGAGGUUGAAAUUGGGUGUUGAAUGGUUAGAGAACAUGUGAUUGACAGGCUCUUCCAGACAAUGAGACAAUAAAAUCCUAGUUUACACCAAUAAUCAUUAUAAACUCUGAUUAAUGAGGAAGUGAGCGAUUGAUGAAGACCGAGUUAAAGCUGCCGCACCUCUGGACCUGAGGUCUUCCUGUUCCAAAAGAAUCAGUUCCUGCUUAAAGUGGUCUAAGGAAGGGAAACAGGUGAACAGGGACUGGCAGGACUCACUUAAAGGUGAGGAGUGGAGGCCGGUCUGGUCUGGAUCAACCAAAGACCUGCUGGACCCUCAAAAUUCUGAAAACAGUCCUCCAUCCUCAUAUCCUGAAAAAGCCUCGCAGACCACACUGUUGACCUGUCCUUCUUUUUGUCGAUAUAAAUUUGGAAAUGUUGGACUCUGAGUAGCGCCAUCUAGUGGACAUAUUUGGACGUAUGAGACGAUUACACCAGUCAUUUGUUUAUAAAUCUAUUGUUGUAUAAAGGACUCUUAAGAAACCAGCCGUCACUCUUGAUAACAUAUUUUAUAUCACUGUCCCCUCACAGAUCAUUGUGCACAAAUACGUCUGCACGAGCUCAGCGCUGUGUAAGAUAAAUGUAAUAGAAAUAUAUUUAUGCAUGAGAGAAAUUCCUCUUUGAAUCUUUGGGAUGUUGCUGAAAGAACAUUUCUGAUACAACAGAAAGUUUUCUGAUACAGAAGAAAUGAAAGCAUUACUUUCAUUUCAAAAUGCUUUCAAAAGGACUUUUAUUUUGAAAGGGUAUUUAGGAACUAAGGUCACCUUCUGUACAAUGAGGACAUUAGUGCAACAGUUUUUCAAUAGUGCAUGAAUUAUAUGUCAAGAAAAUAAGGUGUGUGUGUGAUGUUCCUAAACUCUCUCUCUCUUUCUCUUUGUGAAUGUCUCUCGCCCUGCAGAUUGUUCUCUAAACUACCCGUUGGGGAAACAUGUGAUCCAUGAGGUCACCAACGUCUCCUUCAGUCACCUCGCCUGUGAGGAUCAGGCUGCCGUGGUCGUCCACUGGUCCGCCAGUCCACUAGGUACCUGUUUUUAUACCUGAUAACCUGUGUGUGUGUGUGUGUGUGUGUGUGUGUGUGUGUGUGUGUCAGUCAGUGUGUGUCAAUAUGUGUGUGUGUGUGUGUGUGUGUGUGUGUCAGAUGAAGUGGGGAAAGUUUGGGAGGAGGAACAGGAAACUAAACCCUUCAAAGUGCUCAAAUCCGUAAGAUUACCCUGCUGUGUGUGUGUGUGUGUGUGUGUGUGUGUGUGUGUGUGUGUGUGUGUGUGUGUGUGUGUGUGUGUGUGUGUGUGUGUGUGUGUGUGUGUCAGUCAGUGUGUGUCAAUACGUGUGUGUGUGUCCCUUUGAUCAGGCCCUCAGUAUAAGAAGGAGGAUCACAUCUCACACCACAAUACCAGGAUUUGACCGUGAAGGAAUGUGUGUGACUGUGUGUCCCUGUGUGUGUGUGCGUUCUUGUGUGUGCAUGUGUGUGUGUGUGUGUGUGCCUCUCAGUGUAAGGUGAACCUCUCUCUCUCUUUGUGUGUGACAAUACAGCCUGUUGUUUCUCAGAGAAGAGCCCGAAUCGUCUCCAAAGUCAGAAAAGUCUGUUGAACUUCUUCUGUUAAAACAGCUGAUUUUUGAUGAGCCGCUUUCACUCAAGCUCCUCCGAUAAACUCCCUGAAUUUUCCAGGAUCUUUGCCUCCAAAGUUUUCCAGAUUUGCUUUUUCACACGUCCGUCAGAGUGAAAAGUUUUUGGCGAGUGAAGGGCGAGAUAUGACUUUGCUGCAUAAUACAGACGGAACAACAGAGAGCUUUGCAAACGGAUCACAUGACUGAAAUGUCAACACCUUGGCAUUUAAAUCACAUAAACUGCCUGAAAUCUCACUAAACCUUAUUUCACACAGUCAGUCUAACAUACCCAGAUAAUGUGGUCGGGGGUCGAUUUUAUCUUACAUGUAUACACUGGGGUCUGAGCAUGCUCUUUAGCUAGUAGACUGAGAAAUUGAACAGCAGAAACACAUGGAGAGUAAACAAAACCCCAGCAGAAGAAGACUGUAGCAUCAUACACUUACGGCAGGUACAGAGCUGUAAAGUUAUCUGUGUUUUCACUGUUUGGUAUCCAACCUUUGAGCCUCCUGCUAAAGCAUUUGUUGAUUAUUUUGGUACAUGACGUAACAGAGAGGCAGUCCAAUAGCAAUGAGCUGAACGGGGCACAGAGGUGGAAAAACACUUCAGUCUGGAAUCAGUUCUCUCCUGAGGUUUGCAGACGAGGACAUGGACAGUAGUUUAGUCAAAUCACAUGAGCAAGCUGUAACUGUUGCUCCACCUAACUGUGUAUGCAAAUUUACUGAGUGUUUUUCUAGGCUAUGAGAAUGCAUGACAAUCUUCCACUGCGAGGCUCAUGUGUGAAAAGGAAAAGUCCAGAGAAAUUCAGGAUCUGCUAGUCCAGAGUGUUCGAUCAAAAACAGCAAACUAAAAGCAGUUUUUCUCUCUUUUAAAAUAAAGUCAAUAAGAAACCCUGAGAGAGUUCAAUUUCAUACGACUUCUCACUGGUGUCUGAGAAACUUUGGAGGGGGGAAAGUUGUUUUUGUAAAGUCAGAAACUUUAAAGAAUUGAGCAGAUCCGAAGUGAGGAAAAGUCUGAGCCUGCUGUCUGCUGUCACACUGCAGCUGUCGUUAAAAUGAAGAAAAGAGACCUCCUCGUCUGUCCUCGACUCUGCAGGAGAGACUCAGAGAGGUGUUCAGGAAUCUGCCCGGAGACAGAAAAACCUGUUCUACUACUGCUCGCUCGCCCUUCACUCUCUCUCUCUCUCUCUUUCUCUCUCUCCACUCCCCACAGAGCUAAUAGGAAAAACAUGUCCUGUGGAUGCAAAGGUGUAAUUAUGAGACGCACCAGUUUUCAAAGAGCGGAGGAGGAGGAGGAGGAGGAGGAGGAGGGGAAGAGAGGAGGAAACAAGAAGGGGAGGAGAGGAGUGAUUAGCGAAAAGGAAAGAAGGAGGGAGGGAACAAGGAAAGGAGACUAAGUUGAAUCAAAGAGAGUAAUGAAAAGGACAUGUAGGGGGAAGGAGGAGAGAAAUAAAGGAGGGUAGUAAAGGAGUUGAGGGGUGAGGAUGUGAAGCUGAUAAGGGAAAAUAAGACGAUAAGGAGUGAGAGGAAACGAGGUGGAGAACAGGGAAAGGACACGAAGGAGGCAGAGGAGAUAAGAAAGUGAUAGGAAACGAGGAAAAGAAUUUCUAAAGGAAAGAGGAAAAUUGAGGGAGGAUACAGCAGGGGAAGGAAAUCAGAAGAGAAGAGGACAGGAAACAAGGAGAGGCUGAUUGGAAAAGUAAAGAGAACAAGGGGGGAUAUAGAAAAGGAGGAGUGGGAGGAGGAAAACUAGGAAUAUUAUAAAGAACAGGCAAAAAAGGAAAUGAAAAGAGGAAAGGUGAUAAGGGGGAAAGGGAAGAGAACAGGUUGGCAGAGAGGAUGAGGGUAUGAACAGAAAGAGGGGGAAAGAAAAAAGGAAAGGAUGAAAAAAUAAGAGAAAGUGAGGAUGAAUAAAGUGGCGAGGAGAGGAUAAGAAAGUGAACAAACGAAGGAGAUAAGGUGAGGAGAUUUGAAGAAGAUAGGGAGCAGGAAGCAAGGAGAUGAAUGGAGGAAAGUAAGCAAGAAGAGAAAGAGACAAAAGGAGUUAUGGUAGGAAACAAGUGUAUGAAAGUAAGGACAGAGGGAGAGGAAAGAAAAAGAGGACAGAGGAAAUGAAGGUAGAGAGGAAGGAAACAAAAAGGGUGAGGACUUGUGAGAGGUUAAGCGAGAGCAAAAUUAAAAACUGAUGAUUAAAAAAAGUGAUAAAUAGUUUGAUGGAAAAAUGAGGUGACGAGGGAGGAGGUGAAAAGGAAAAGAAAGAAGGAGAGAAGGAAGGAUUGUUAAAGAUGAAUCUCUAUGUUUGUGUCUCGGCAGGAAUUGAACACAUUAAAGGUUUCCGAGUUUACCUGGAGGACAAAAACCCGGAGGGGAAACAGUGUCAACACCUGAUCCUUAAAGACCCUCGACAGCUCAACUUCUCCUACAGGGUCACGGUACGACCAAAAUUUAUAACAUCGUUUUAACAAUAGUAUGUACACACAGAUGGAUGGUUUGAAAGGUCAGUCUCUGUAGGACUGGUCUUUCCUUUUGUCUUUAUCUUCAUCUGAACAUCUAACCUGCAUGAACUGACCAUGAGCGUGAUUCCUCUUUCUUUAUUCCGAUCCCACAGAAGCUGAGCAGUCAGCCUUUCAGCGGUCUGACCUUUGACACCGACUACAUGGUUCGAGUUGUUCCAUUCCCAACGCUAAUGAACGAGAGCUUCUUCCCUCCCUCCUUCCUCAGGACCAACUGUGAGUGCAGAAGACUCCUCAGAUAAAUCCUGAUGAUGAUUGUCGUUUUGUAGUUGUGCAGAGUUAAAUCAAAACACCUGUUUGGAUCUGUGAGCCUGCAGAAGAAAGACCUGAUGCCUUUAAGUGAAUCAAAGAAAUUAAAGAUGAGGCUAAAACAGACCAGGACACGCUGUCUAAUCAUUUCUGUGUGUUCAUGUUGCAGCGUGUGAAGUCCUCCUGGGAUCAGACAACCUGGUCUGCAAACCCUGUAAGUUCCUCCGUGACGCCGUCAUAACCAGAGCCAUAUGCACACACAAGACUCGGUGCACGGUUUGUUGUCUUGUUCUCCAGGCAGCUCAAAAAUAAAUAAAAACAUUUCCAUAAACUCAUCUGAAGUCUAAAGGAGUCAACAUGCCGUUUCUCUGCUAAAUACAAGAUCAAAACAUGUUUACAGUCAACCAUCUCCAGGAUUUCAUCUGAGAUAUGAGUUUGUGUUUUCAAUAUUUCACAUCCAGCAGAACAAAAGAGGAGCGUGCAGAUGUUUCUGAUUUAAAACCUGCCGGGAAAAAAAUGAGAUUAGGUUUUGUAAUCGUUGCAAGAAGUGACGAGUUUAACGCUGUUUGAAGUGCAUCCGAAGUUUCCAAAAUAACAAAUCAAAAGAACUCUGUUGUGCCUAUGGAAUAAGUGUUUGGAAAAGAGCUCUGUUUGAUCCGUACAGACGAUGUAGGAAGGUGAAAGUUGACACAGGGAGUUACUGUAAUCAUAAAACUAUAAAAACUCACAUUUAAGACACCUGAUGAAGACUUUGGUACUUCUACAUGUUCUUCAUCUCAGGUUAAUCUUUUCAUCCUUCUGUUCAGAUUGGAAACCAAAGACCCUGAACGUGUCUCAGCUGGGAUCAAACCUCCAUGUGGCGUUCGAUCAGGCGCCGUCCUCUUUCGGCUUACACCUGUAUUACCUGUACUACAAACUGAGGCAGGACGGACCCUUCAAACUGCAGCGCUGCAAACCUGUGAGUAUCUUUGGGCUUUGGAGAAACAGGAGGAUCAACUGAGAAUCAUUCGUGUUAAAAAAAAAAACAAAAAAAAAAAAAAUUGUAAAACUUUAAUAAACCUAUAGGAGGAUCGCUGUGGUCAAACAGUCACCUAAACAAAAAUAUGUUGAACUAUCGGCUAGUUUUUCCAACUACAGUGUCUCAUGAUUAAAACAAACUGCAGGCAAAACUGUCUUAAAUAACUUUUUCAUGUGCAGGACCUGAACCAGCUCAGAACGACAUGCAUCCUCCAGGACGUCACUCCAGGGUCCUACACUAUAGAGGUACCGAAAUGCAUGCAUGCGUUUUGUGUUUGAGGUUUCUAGUCUCCAGCUAACAUGAGGAUUAACAUGCAAACACUAAAAUGACCUAAAACCCUCCUCUUUGAAAUUUGAACCUAUUGUUUAAAACGUUUUUUCCUCCUUUUUCCAGUUAAGAGACGACAGUAACGUCACCAGGAGGCAGACUCAGUACCAUGUCAGCCAGGGUACGACACACUCACACACACACACACACACACACUACAAAGUACACACAGUCUGGAGCUGCAGCUGAUCAAGAAAUCAGACCUAAUCAGUCGAUUGCUCAAAUAUGCAUGAAAGUUGUGCAAAAAUCAGGGCAGAAUUCUGUGUCUGGAUGGGUUAUUUCUCUAAAAACUUUGAGUAGAUUUGCAUUAAUCGUUUACUCACGCUGGAUGUGUUUUUUUUUUUUGUGUGUGUGUGUGCAGUCCACUCCCCGUGGGCGGGGCCUAUCAGAGCCAUGGCCAUCACAGUCCCUCUGGUCAUCAUGUCUGCCUUCGCCACCCUGUUCACGGUCAUGUGCCGCAAAAAACAGCAAGGUGAGACCUGUUCAUGAUUUCCUAACCAUCUGUAAAAAUGUCUGCUGACUUUGAUGAACAUUACUCUGAGUGUUUUGGACUCUUUAGACCCUCUGAUAUGUGAAGGAAAACCUUAUAUUUAAUAUUUUGGAUUAACUCCGCUGAUCCAGUGAAGGAUUAUACAUUUAUUUAUGAGUAAGUGAAUCUAUCAUCAUUUCAUAUGUUGACCUAUUGGUAUCCUCCUCUCACUCCUGUCAGAAAACAUCUACAGCCAGCUGGACGAGGAGAGCAGCGAGUCGUCCAAUCAAAGUGCAGCCCUGAACACGGAGCGACCGUGGCCCCGCCCCAAAGUCUUCAUCUGUUACUCCAACAGAGACUGUCCCAAACACACCAGCGUCAUCCAGAGCUUCGCCUUCUUCCUGCAGGACUUCUGCGGCUGUGAGGUGAGACAGCGACAGGACAAACAAACAUGAAUAUAAAUAAAUGUUUAACUUUUCAUAUAUAUGAUCGUUCUUUCAGUGAGCUGUUUUUGAGUCCUUGCUUUCUGUCACGCUCAGGUGGUGCUGGACCUGUGGGAACACCUGGAGAUGUGUAAAGAGGGUCAGAUGUCAUGGCUGAGCAGACAGCUGGAUGAGGCCAACUUCAUCAUCACCGUCUGUUCAAAGGGCCUCCGGUACUGAACUUAUAUUAUAUUAUAUUAUAUUAUAGUUAACACUCAUUUACAACUCUGCUGUACUCAAGUUUACCCUGUCUACUUUGGAUUACACUGAAAGUGAUCCCAGCUGUCAUGAACUCUGCUGCCUGUCAAGUUAAAAAAAAAGUGCUUCAUGUGUUUAUUCAUUAGUUUUAUUUAUUUGUUUAUGUAAAUUAGACAUGCUGUAACAUUUAACCAUGCACAAAUCCCACAAAUGAGAUCUGUGGGAUUUGUUUUGGGUGUGAGAACAGGUCGUUUUUCUCUCAGGCAGGAUUUAAUAUUUUUAUUAAAAACAUUAAAGUUGUGUUCAAGUUUCAACUGGGUGCUGUCAGCUGCAGUUCCUCCUCUGACCACUAGAUGCUGCUAAAAUCAUUCAUUUCUAAAACUAAAGUCCUUAAAAUUCCACUGAAACUUUAGUCUUCUUAUGUUUGUGUGUUUUUGCAGAUAUGAUUUCACAAAAAUAUAGUAAAGCAUUAAGAUUUUUUCUAUUGUGAUCACCUCCAGAAAAACUUUGAUAAUGAAAAUAACCGACAUCUCAUCUAAUUUGCUGUAUUUUAUUUACUGUUGGACUCUGUUUCUUACACAUGGAGAAAAAAUAUAAUCAUUUUAAAUUACUAUAAGAUGAGAUAAAAUACUUUAUUGAUCAUCAAAGGGAAUUUAAAAUCUUAAAAAUAAAAUCAAUUAAAAUAGAAUAAAUAAAAACACAACAGCUUUGUUCACAGUCAGAAAGAGCGGGCCAGCUCAAAAAUUUAACAUGUUGACUACACAGGCAUAACAAAACACAGCGAAACUGUUGUAUUACCAAAUGUCAUCAAUAACUUAUAGCUAUUGACUAAUAUUAAAAGCCUUUUUUGUAUUUAUACCACAAAAAAAGAUGCUUCUUUAAUAGAAUCCUGCCUACUCCACCUUUAAGUUAAUAAAGUUGCUAUGUUACGAGGAUAAACUCACGAUAUAGUCGUAAUUUAGUUUUGUGGUUAGCAGCCAGCUGUACCAAAACGAGGAACAUAAUCUUUGUGGUAACUUACAGAAUAAACAGUUACCAGUUUUAGGUUUACAGCCAGACUUUCAUAAAAGAAUAGUGUGAUACUGGCAACUCUGAACCUCAUUAAACUUCAUAUUUUGUAUGUUUUUCUCUCACUGCAGUUACUACAUGGAGAAGAAAAGCCGCAGAGGAAAGACACCGGUCAGUCGGCGGAACAACAGCAGCAGCAGCAGCUCUCCGGUUAGUGGAUCAGGCAGUGACCUCUUCAUUGUGGGCGCGGCCAUGAUCGCUGAGAAAAUGCGGCUGGCCAAGCAGAGCGAAGGGGGCGGGGCUCAGGAGCUGAACCGCUUCAUGACGGUUUACUUCGACUAUUCAACAGAAAACGACAUCCCAACCAUUCUGAGCCUGGCUCCGAGGUAAACACGACACAAAAACGAUGAUGACACAUGAAAAAUAACCAUUUCCACGCAGAUACCUGACAAGAUCAUCGCAGAGAACGUCUCCUCAGAGUUCAGCUGAAAGUGUUUCUCUGUGUUCAGGUUUAAGCUGAUGGACCAGCUGCCUCAGCUCUUCAGCCGGCUCCACUCCGCUCAGUCCAGUCUGUUGGACCGAGAGUCUCAGCCUCUCAACGUCUCCAGGAGGAACUACUUCAGGAGCAAGUCCGGACGCUCACUCUACGUCUCCAUCUGCAACAUGCACCAGCACAUCAGCCAGAACCCGGACUGGUUUGAGAAGCAGCUGGCUCCUUCAGGAGACUCCUCCAGCUCCUCAAAACCCCCUCCUCCUCUCUCUGCUGACCAGGCUCCCUCUCCUCCUCCAAAGCCCCACUGCUCCUCCUGCUCGUCUCAGCCUGAACAGAGGUUUGACUCCGGCCUGGUGCUCAAUGAGGUGGUGGUGAAGACGCCGACACUUGAAGGAGGAAAGGGAGCUCCACGAAGGAAUGUGCUCCUGCUGGCUCCUGGUUCCAGUCCCAGCUUUGAACAAGGCUGCAGUCCCAGUCCCAGUCCAAGCCCUGGUUGUGGUCCUUGUCCCAGUCCAGGUCUGCCACACUGCUCUCUGUCCAUGCUGGGACCUGCUUCAAGGUAAAGGAAGACGUUUGGUUGGUAAAACCAGUUUAAACCAACAAAUAACGUAAAACUCUUCAUGAGUCUGACUUUGCUGUUUUUCUCCUCUUUCAGGUCCACUUCAGGAAUACCUGGACUGUUACCUGAGGAGUCUUCCUCCUCUUCAUCCUCCUCCUCUGCUCCCUCCAUCCUUCAGGAGCAGGUGUGCCCUUUUCUCGCUCAGGCAGAGGAAGGCUGUCCAUCUCCUCCAGAAGUCCCGCCUCCCCGUGAUUCAGGCAUCUAUGAUUCGUCUGUCCCCUCGUCAGAGCUCUCUAUUCCGCUGAUGGAGGGACUGUCACAUGACCAGGCUGACUCCUCCUCCCUGGCAGAAAGUGAAUCCUCCUCCUCUGGGCUGGGUAAGGUUGGCGGUUAUUUGACUUAUGUCCUGUUUGAGUAAAUACAAAAAGAUCAGUGUAUUCAACACUCGGCUGUCGGUGUCUUUCAGGAGACGAAGAGCCGCCUAUAGUCACGUCUCUUCACUGCAGCUCCUCGGCAGUCUGUAAAGCAGAACUGCAUCACCACGACCACCUGGACCACAGUGAUGCGCUCGCACCCGUUGCAUCAUCAUAGGAAAUACCUGCGUGAUCUUGUCAUCACAGAGACUAAACGAUGCUGAGCUGGACCUGAACUAUUUCUAACGAGUGAUGUCAUCCCGUUGUUAUGGAAACAAAACUGGCUUUAAUGAAAAAAAGCACUGCAGCCGAUACGUGGAGCUUUGGUACACUACUCACUUGUAGCCGUGGUAACCACUAAACUUGGAAUAGUCCUUUCCGGUAACUUUGGUGACUUAUAACUGCUCAAACAGUACCCCAAAGUAGUCAUGGUAACCACUACUUUUUAAACCAUUUUUUUUCUCCUUGUUAAUGUCACUAGUACUGAGUUGCUAUGGUAACCACUAAAUUAGCGAAAUAUUAGCCUUUGUUCUCUGAGGUGACAUUUAAAUUAUAAAACACUGCUCUUUGAAAACUGUUGUUACUGAAGUUCUAAAACUGUUAGCAUAGCAACUGUCCUGUCGCUAUAGUAACAAAAAGUAUGAACUAGACCUGUAUGGUUGUUGGUACCCUGUGAGAUUAAGUGAUACCAGGUUACUAUGGUUACCAAAGAAUUCCAGCACAUUCUGUCUGGUUGCUUUAGUAACAAAAGAUUCUAAUCAGAACUGUCCAGUUGCCAUGGUAACCAAAGCUGUAGAGUAUGGUUCUGAAGGUGUUCUGGUGCUAAACUCUCCGAUUGGUUUGAAAAGUUCUUGAACACUAAUGCCUGGUUGCUAUGGUUACCAAAGAGUUCUAGACCAUGUG